GUUUUAAAGCAUGUCUGUACCGGUGCCUCCUUCCUGGUAAAAAAAAGAUCAAAACUUACUACAUGAGAAUUGUGGACCCGCAACGCGGCCUGCAGCCGUUCCCUGCAGUGUUGUGCGCCCACGGUCUAGAAGAGAGCCAGCGGCAGCCUUGGGCGAGGCAAUGCUCGCCGCCGACUAGACCACGUCGCACCGCAGUAAGUUGCGGCAGGCAGGCGCGCCGCCCCUUGGCUUGUGUCAGUCGGGCGCCCCUCCGAUGAUCCGGGGCAUCGCUAACGACGAAUACGUCUGGAGCGAAAGCCAAUACGCGGCACCUCGGCCGGGCCUCUGCGCGGACACACACAAGAAAGCUGCGCAGUUCGCGACGGAGAGGCGCCGGCCCGCGCGUGUUCCAGUGUGGUGAUGGCUUUGCCCAUUUGCGCGCCGCAGUGCGCGCAAUCAAAGACGGGGCAGGCGCCGGCCGUUGCGCCCUCGCCUGUUUUUUCGCGGUGCCGUCGCGGCGCGUCCUGGCGGGCCUGGCCGGUUGCGCCUCGCUCUCUCCAUUGGCACCCCGACCAGCUGGCCGGUCGUUGGCCGGCUCUUAUCCCUCUGCAGUGGAUGUGCCGCAGCAGCGUCUGUCUCUCUCUGCUCGUGCGCCCUCGUUGCCUCAGUCGGCGCGGCCAAUCGUAAGAGCUCGCAGACGGACCAACCGCUCGCCCCGCGGGCCAGGAAGCUCGCGCGACGCUUUAUAUUGAGUAGAAAACCCAACUGAAGUAAAAAGUAGCGAGACCUCGGCUGGUCUUGUCAAUCGUGACAUUUAUUGCGUUGGAGGCGCACGACAGGC